AUGAGCAGCAACACGGAACCUCGCCCAUGUAGGCGAUGCAAGACACCGACUGUCUUGAAAGUGAGAAAGGAUCCUCUUUGCGAGACUUGCUAUGAACAGCAUAUCGUCCAAAGAGUCGUGAAGCGCCUCGCCCAGCCAUACCGCGAUGUAAAGGACAAGCUGGGCACUACCCCCGACGCAAGAGCAAAGUAUCUCCUCGGCCUCUCCCUCGGCCCCUCGUCGGCCUCCUUGGUUCAGGUGCUCGACAAGAACCUCCAAGGUCUCAAGGACAAGAACCUGCGCGUCGCGUAUGAGGUGCACGUCGUCCACAUAGACACCGACCUGUCAAACGCCGCAGACGCCGCGAUCUCGUCGUCGUCGGCAAGCCUGCUCUUUGAAAAGUACAAGGAGCAGUUCCCCAACCUCUCGAUGCAGAUCGUCCCGCUGGCCGACGCCCUCAAGCUGGAUACGAUAGACUGGUCCGUCCUCCCCGCCCUGCAACCCGGGCUCGCGCCCGCGCAGCAGCUCAGCGGCCUCCUCGAGGCCCUGCCGUCCGUCACGUCGCGGGUGGACAUCACGAGGCUCCUGGUGCGGAAUCUGCUGCUGUCGCUGGCCGUGGAGAGGGAGUGCCACGCGCUGCUGCUGGGAUGCACCACGACCGCCCUGGCCGAGCUGACGCUCGCCGAGACGGCCAAGGGCCGCGGGUUCGCCGUGCCGUGGCAGGUCGCCGACGGUCCCGUUCCCGUCACGACAUUGUCCCAUGUUGGGGAGGGGCAGAGCGCGGAGGGCGGCGAGGGGGCUGUCCGAGGGACGGAGAAGACGAUGCUUCCAGUGUACUACCUUCUUCGAGACGUUUUCAGGCGAGAGGUCAUCACGUAUGCGGGCCUGAUACCGUCUUUGAAGGAUCUUGCCCAGGAAGUGGGACCAAGCAGCAACGCUGUCGUCUCGCACAAGGAGCUCAGCAUCGAGGAUGUCAUGGCGCGGUACUUUGAGGAAGUGGAGGAGAGUUAUCCCUCCGUCGUCGCCAACGUCGUUCGCACCAGUGGCAAAUUGACACGAGAGAGUGACGGCGAUGCGUGCGCGGUCUGCGGCAUGGAUGUGGACGCACAAGGAGAUGCUCGCUGGAAGGGUGAGAUAGGAGAGGAUAUUGACGACAGCAGGAAGCGCACCGCAGGGAAACUAUGUUAUGGAUGCGAACGGUCUAUAUAUGGAUAG